CGGGGUGGGGGCCGCGACGUGGUGGGACGGGGCGCUUCCUGCUCCCUCCCUCACUGGGCCCGGCGCCUCCGCCUGCGCGCGCGGCCCCCGAUCCCCGCCCGCGCCCCCGAGCGCGUGACCCCGUCUCCUCUGGCCGGACCCCCCCCCUUCCCCUUGACGCCAAGCACCACGUGCGAGCCCUACGCCCGGGCAGGAGGGGCGAGCCGCGCGAUCUGGUCCCCUCCCCCUCUCGCUCUCCCUUCCUCCCUCCCCCAGCCUGGGGCUGCGGACCUGGCCGGGGGCUCAGCGAAGCUCUGAAGCCGGUCCAUUGCUAGGACCAGGCCUUUAUGGCUCCUAGGAGAUACCGACUCCCCCGCGUUUGCUCCUGUGGCCCACUGGGGAACCCAGGGACCGCCGCAGGACGCUGCUGUCCAGCCAGGCCCAAGGCACUCAGGGGUUGUCUACUAAGAGUUUGGCAGCGAGGACUUGGCGGUGUUGCACGGGGAAGCCGGCAGCGCCUUCUCUCCCCCCAGCCAGGCGGCGGAAGUGAGAGAGGUCUCGGCGCGGAAGAUGGCCGGCGGCGUGGACGGCCCCAUUGGGAUCCCGUUCCCCGACCACAGCAGUGACAUCCUGAGUGGGCUGAAUGAGCAGCGGACGCAGGGGCUGCUGUGCGACGUGGUGAUCCUGGUGGAGGGCCGUGAGUUCCCUACACACCGCUCGGUGCUGGCUGCCUGCAGCCAGUACUUCAAGAAGCUGUUCACGUCGGGCGCUGUGGUAGACCAGCAGAACGUGUAUGAGAUCGACUUCGUGAGCGCCGACGCACUCACCGCACUCAUGGACUUCGCCUACACCGCCACGCUUACGGUGAGCACAGCUAACGUGGGCGACAUCCUCAGUGCCGCGCGCCUGCUUGAGAUCCCAGCUGUGAGCCACGUGUGCGCCGAUCUCCUGGACCGGCAAAUACUGGCGGCAGAUGCAGGUGGCGACUCGAGCCAGCUCGACCUCGUGGAUCAGGUGGACCAGCGCAACCUGCUACGCGCCAAGGAGUACCUGGAGUUCUUCCAGAGCAACCCCAUGAACAGCCUGCCCCCUGCUGCCGCUGCCGCUGCUGCCGCCGCUGCCAACUUCCCAUGGUCCGCCUUUGGGGCGUCCGAUGAUGACCUAGAUGCCACCAAAGAGGCCGUUGCAGCUGCUGUGGCUGCUGUGGCUGCAGGUGAUUGCAAUGGCUUAGACUUCUAUGGUCCAGGUCCCCCAGCUGAUCGGCCCCCUGUGGUUGAAGGAGAUGAAGGUGACAGCAACCCAGGUCUAUGGCCAGAGCAGGAUGAGGAUGCUCCGGCCACCGCCACUGCAGGCGGUCUCUUCCAGCCACCUGUGGCCCCACCAGCUGCCACACAGAAUGGCCACUAUGGCCGCACCGGUGAAGAGGAGGCGGCCUCGCUUUCGGAGGCGGCACCUGAGCCUGGGGACUCGCCGGGCUUCCUGUCGGGCACGGCGGAGGGCGAGGAUGGGGAUGCUGGUGAUGUGGACGGACUGGCAGCCAGUACGCUGCUGCAGCAGAUGAUGUCGUCGGUGGGCCGGGCGGGGGCACUAGCGGGUGGGGACAGUGAUGAGGAGUCUCGGGCCGAGGACAAGGGCGUCAUGGACUACUACCUGAAGUACUUCAGCGGCGCCCACGAGGGGGAUGUGUACCCAGCGUGGUCACAGAAAGGUGAGAAGAAGAUCCGAGCCAAGGCCUUCCAGAAGUGCCCUAUCUGUGAGAAGGUCAUCCAGGGUGCCGGCAAGCUGCCGCGCCACAUCCGCACACACACCGGCGAGAAGCCCUAUGAGUGCAACAUCUGCAAGGUCCGCUUCACCAGGCAGGACAAGCUGAAGGUGCACAUGCGGAAGCACACAGGCGAGAAGCCUUACCUGUGCCAGCAGUGCGGCGCUGCCUUCGCACACAACUACGACCUGAAGAACCACAUGCGUGUGCAUACCGGCCUGAGGCCCUACCAGUGCGACAGCUGCUGCAAGACCUUCGUGCGCUCCGACCACCUGCACAGGCACCUCAAGAAGGACGGUUGCAAUGGGGUCCCUUCCCGUCGAGGCCGCAAGCCCCGUGUCCGGGGAGGGGCCCCUGAUCCCACAGUGGGGACCGGUGUGCCACCCCCAGGCGCCCCCAGCUCCGCGCCCCCCGGCUCCCCUGAUGUCGCCACCACCACCACCACCGUCGCUGCUGCCACUGCCCGGCGCAACGGCCAGGAGAAGCACUUUAAGGACCAAGAGGAGGACGAGGAGGCCACCAGCCCCGACGGCUCCUCGGGCCGGUUGAAUGUAGCGGGCACCGCUGGUGGAGAUGACAGUGGAGGUGGCCCCGGAGCCACCACCGACGGUAACUUCACAGCCGGACUCGCCUAAAAACCAAAAACAGAAACCCGAGACAGACAGACAGAAUGAGAGAGCAAGAGAGCUAACCACCCACCCCCAAAAA